CGUAGUUUUCGUCAAGCGUGUGGAGCAGUGUGUUGUUCGUGUGUAUUCCUUGCAAUCAUAAGGAACAUGUUUUACGUUAGAAGAAGGACAGAACUUCUACGUAAUACUACUGUUCACAGAUGAGCAGAUAUUGUUGUAAUGAUUGGCAUUCAGAAGUCUCGAAGUUGUGAAGUUGAAGACUGAAGUUGUGAAUACUAGCUUUAACCUAAAAGCAGAAUUGUGAGUGUAUGUGUGUGUAUAUGUGCGCGCCCGGAUUUCAGAGCUAAUUUCGAACAGAACAGUAAGCUCUUCACGAUUUGAUGCAGUAUUAUUGGAGCCAAAGAUGAAAGUCAUGUUAAAAGGUUGGCUGCCAUGUGACUGUGACCUAAAUAUCCGGUGUACAACAUGAAGUCAUGUUAAGCGGUUGGCUGCCCUGUCACUGUGACCUUAAUAUCCGGUGUAGAACACGAAGAUGUGGAGACCUCAGAAACUGACUUUUACAUUUAGGAAUAUCAACAAGACCGCGUACGCAUUUUAUUCUAGACGCAGUGAUUCAAAAGGUGCAGAUUCGUAUAAAGCAGUGAAACCAAGAAAAUGCACUGAUGUCGCUGCUAACAAUUCCAUUGGAACAAACCCCAACUGGGAACUCCUGGCACCGAGGGGUUACCGCUUCUACAUGCCUGGCAGUGUUGGCCCAGCAUGGCAUGAUGCUUACACCACUGUACAUACACAGCAGUUUGAAUCUGCAAGUUCUCAUGAGACUAGAAAGAAGGCUUCAGAAUAUACUGUGGAUUGUGUAGCUCAAGACUGUCCCAUGCUUCUGAGAAGAGGUGUGAUGGAGCUGUUCCCAGGCACUGACAUUGGAGGGUCUGACCUUACAAUUGUUACAUUAUCGCAGAAAACAACUACUGACUUAAGCCACACAGGCAGUGAGGAGGAAACUGAGCGGGAGAAAGUUACAAAAUUUUUUGUUCUAGCAGCCCAGGAGGUGUGCAUGAAACUAAGACUUGCUGGCUAUUGGGCAGACUUCAUUAACCCAUUCUCUGGUCGACCAUACCUCACUCCAUUUUAUUCAACACCAUAUUAUGAAAUAGAUGGAAGAUCAUACUGCUUGGAUUUCGUGAUAAAGGAUCAUGGUGACUGCAAAGUUAUAAGCAGUAAGCAUGAAAAAUCUCACAGUUAUGUAGGUAGCCUGUUCACCACAGCACCAGCCAGUACGACUCUACUACGGGAUAUUCUAGAUCAGUAUGAAUAAAUAAUAGAAGUGAAUACUUUCUCUGUACUUCACUCCAUAUACAGUGAAACUCCCAUUUAAGGUUUGUUUGGGGAAACAUUGGAUUUAACACUUCAGUGUGGCAGCAUUUGAACCCUGUCCAGAGUGUGGUGUGGGAUGAUCUUGCCGGGCAUUCAGUUUUUGCAGAUAGUAACUAGAAAAUCAGAAUCUUUAUUGAAAUAUUCUUAGUGUGUUACAUCUCAGAACAGUAUUCACAUAUAGUACGAUGACAGAGUUUGGGCACAGACGCACUCUUUCUAGUCUUGUCCCAUGUUCUUUGCACACAACAAGCUGCCGUGAGUUUUGUUGGAGGUCAUUCUCCUGGGGAAAUGUCAGUCUCUUAGUAUUGCUUCACAGGGUCUUGUCACUUUGUUUUGUGGUGACUGGUCUUAUUUCAUCACCAUGGAAUGUUGAUAUUGCUACAGUGUUCUUAUCACUGCAUGUUAUAACACACAGUUCCAGUGUGAUGUGCAAUAAUUUCACCUCAUUUUAGUUUUGGUGUUAUAUUUUCCCUGUUUAAUUUUACUGUUACCUUCUUCAGCAUUUACAAAAUGUAGCUGUUUACUGUGUAUCAAAUACCUUGACCUAGACACUAACAUUGUAGUUCCUAUACUGACAUUGAAGACCGGGGAAUGAAUGUAUGAAUGUAUAAGGGGUGAGUCUUCUUGGCCCUUGCACCGCGACCACAGUGAACUAUUGUGCCUAAGACUGGGGAACAUAAGAGAAAAUUAAAAAUGUACAUCUAGAUAUCAAAUGAAUGUGGGAUUUUAACUGUGUGUGUGUGUGCAUUUUGAAAUGGUAUACUGAAGUUGGAAGUUGGGAUGGCUCUGUCAGUAUAGUGAUGGGCUAAGAGCUGGACUGCCUGGGUUCGAUUCCCAGCGUGAGAAAGAUUUUUUCUCCACAGCAUCCAUACCAGCUCUGGGACCCACUUAGCCUCCCAUCCAAUGGGUACUAGGAGUGAUUUUCCUGAAGGUAAAGUGGCCAAGGAAUGAAGCUGACCACUUACCUACAUCUAGUGCCAGGGUCAAGAAUGGUGGAGCUACACCUCCACUCACCCAUAUGUCUUCAUGCUGUAGUGCUUAAUUAAUUAGCACAGGGACAACUUUACCUUUUAUACUGAAGUCAUAUGAGAUGGAAGUAUGAUGCAAGUGCUCUAUAAGUGAUUCAGUGAAGGUAUUUAUGAACUGCGUCAGUCUCAAAGUAUAAUCUUUUUUUUUUUUCUUUCUUGUCAACAUAAAACUGGUCUCUGCCUUUAACCACAUGAAUGGCAUCUGAAGUAAGACAGAUGGAAGAACUGUACAUGUCUGUUCAGUGCUGUCAUACAAAGCGUCUUAGAAAUACAAGGCCAAAACUUACUGUCAGAGUACACUCUGUUAAACACCACAUGAGUACAAUUUGUAUAUUGGAAAGCAAGAUCAUUCAGUCCUCAUUCACACUGUAUGAUGAUGUACGAUGAAAUGUUUCUAUAGUUUGUUGAGAAAUGAAGUUACAAAUAAACUGCUUGUAUGCUAUGAGUAUAGUUGCCGUCCAAUUGGUGGUUCCAAGUGCAGUUCUUCAGCAUUGAAGGGUUAAAUACUGAACUGAGGAAAAUCUUAAUUGGAGGAAGUUCAGCACUAGGAUAUUUGAUUUGGGAUCACAGAAGUUCAACCCUGAAUCCAGAAACAUUAAUUGGGGGUACCAAUUUGCUGUUAUAAUUUAGUCAGCUGAAAUUUAUUUAUAAUAUAUGUAGUUUGUGAUGGUUAUGAUGUAUUCAGUGAAAAUUAUAAAAAAUUGAAAUCCCCUAAAACCCCUGUUCACAUUAAAUAAAAUAAAAUAUGCCUGUA